AUGUCAGGGGAUCCCGAAAGCUUCACAUCGCGGCGUCCUGCUGCAAAUUCACUGCCGGCUUUCUCUCUGCCGCCUCCGAAUGUUGAUGUACCAAGAGCCAGUGAAGAUCUGAGCCCUAGUAUCUCCAGCGUCAACACGGGCAGUUCUCAGGGUUCUCAAGCACCAGGCGGAAUAUAUUCGUAUGGCGGUCUUCAAGGCAACUGGUCGGCGGCGAACAGCUCUGCCUAUACCGUUAGUUCUGCGACCCAGGCCCCGCCCGCCCUCGGCCAGCAGCAUUUCGCUCUUCGAGGUCAGCCCUUGUAUAGCCAAGGCCCCGGAAUACAUCAGUACAACCAUCCGCGAAGCUCACAGUCGCCAGCUACUGGAGCUGAAGGCCUGCCGGCGCCUCCCUACGAUCAGGUGCACCAUCCUUUCCAAACUCCCAUCUCAGGGGGAGGCGGCCAGGCCACUUCACCAGGAUUAUCGACAACCCAUCAUACUCAGAAUACGAUUCUCGCCUCACAAAACUCGGUUUCUACACAAUCCCCCGCUCCUUCGAACGUAUCGACUCAUGCAGACUCUUAUACACAUUCAAGACCCCCGAGUACGUCGAAUUACUACACAGCUUCCUCUACGCCCCAGCAGCCAAGCUUCUCGUCCUACCAUGCUCAGCCUUCGCCGACUCAGCACUCACCUCCAGGUCAUGGGCCUGUUCCCAGAGGCAUGGGAUCAGCUGGUAUGGCGCCCCCUGGCACCUUUCGACAUUAUCCUCCCUACCAAUCGCUUCCCAACAUGGGCGGAUCAGCUAUCAUGUCCAACAUCCACCAGCCCGGUAGUCAAAUGUCGAUGAUUCCAGGAAUGGGCGUACCUCCGUAUGGCCCUAUGAUUUACGGCGGACACGGCGCACCUCCUGCUCAAUCUGAGCGUCCUUUCAAGUGUGAUCAGUGCACUCAAUCGUUCAGUCGCAACCAUGAUCUGAAGCGUCACAAACGAAUCCAUCUGGCCGUGAAGCCCUUCCCUUGCACAUUCUGUAGCAAGAGCUUCUCUCGCAAGGACGCCUUGAAGAGGCACCGACUCGUCAAGGGUUGCGAGAACAAGGCCAACGAGGCCAUCAACGCAGACAGCAAUGCGACAGAUCGAAGUGGAGAGGAAAACGACAGUCCCAUCAAGCGUGAACAGUAA